AUGCUAGUCGGAAACAAAACCGAUUUAGCUGAUAAACGGUUAUAUUUUCGUUCGUUUCAGGAUCAAGUAUCAACUGAAGAAGGUGAACGUAAAGCCAAAGAAUUGAAUGUUAUGUUUAUCGAAACAUCAGCAAAGGCGGGCUACAAUGUUAAACAGCUUUUUCGACGCAUCGCGGGAGCCCUGCCUGGAAUUGAGCCAGAUCAAAAAGAUAAACAUGACAGUAUGUUCUUCGUUGCUUAUUUUCAUGCUUCCAGUACGAAAAUUAACUCUAGUAGCUCUGUUUGUCGUGCGGUGAUUAUCACUAAGAUUAUAAACAAAGAGUUGUCUUGA